AUGCCUCGUCCAGCGGCCAAGCGAAAUCGCUCUUUGAAGGCAUCUAGGGCCAGCAACUCCAAGUCUGCGCCAGAAUCAGAGUCGGCCGAAAUCACCAAAGCCCCCGCACCCGAGUCCCCCUCUGUGGACAACGCGAUCAAACAUUCAAGACGCACCCUGCGAAGCCAGACACCCCUGGCGCAAAGAAAUGAAGAUUCGCUCGCUUCAUCACCGGCAGGCGACAAGCCGGGAACUGGUAGUCGACCCGGUACGGGCAGUCGGCCCCCGACGCGAUCCCGAGGCUAUUCGUCGACACUUUCCCUCGCUGGGCGCAAAGGCGACGCCGGCUCACGUGUCCCUGGGACGCCAGGAUUUGAACAUUCUGUGCUGGGAACUUUCCGGCGACGACCGCGACAGCAGAGUAUUCUCCACAUGAUGCAAGAUGAGGACGAUACGUUGGAGCUUGAUGAUGAGGAUUUGUUGGGUGGACUCAGCCCCGAGGACGAGUCAACCACUCCGUUACAUCUGACGCGAGGAAAAUCGCUCUUGAUCGCACAAGACAGCCCAUUGCCUUCAACAUCCAAAUCUACUCCCUCAUCUCCGGGUUCAAGAAAGCGCAGACGGUCCGAUCAACAGCAACAGCCGCCACCGCAGCAACACAACAUAGAGAUUCAAGUACCCCAAUCGCCUUCAGUGGUGAUCAAUCAUUCAGUUGUCGACAGGGUGGAAGACAUACCGAAUCCGACACCCGUCCCGCAAAGCCAGGAUAUUUUGCCAAGCCAGACCAUUCCACAGAGUCAAACGUCUAAUCUGUACGAAAGUACUCCUCAGCCACUGCGCUUUGCCGAUAUACUCAGCCAAACUAUGCUACCCCCAGCUAGCAGUCCGAUGAGUUCAAUCGCCACCGGGCCAGGCUCACCCGGGGCUACGGUUGCUCUAAAAGGUCGACGAGGGAGGAAACCUCGAAACCUUGCACAUCUGUCUACUGCAAUAUUACAAGAAAAGGCGCUUCCGCGGCGACGCAAACCUCGUCGUCGAGGUCGAACCCUGGGCGAAUUUGAAGUGCCCAGUGACGAGGAUGACGAAGACGAAGAAAGGAGCGACGAUGGCAUGCAUCAUGCGACAUCGGGCGAUGAAGAUGAGCUCAAUCACCAACCAACGAGACGAAAAAGGCGGAGUGGCAGCUCGGUCAAACCCAAGCCAUUUGGUAAUGUGCACGAUAAACCUAGACUCAAUAGCCCAACAAAGACGAGGAAUCGAUCUAAAUCAGCGCCAAGAGGGAAGUCUGUGGACGUACAAGGUUCCUCACGACGUUCGCGAUCAAGGAAAAGCGUUGGGACGGAUAAGGAGAAUGUCAUGCAAGCGUCGUCUCCGUCCUCGUCACCCUUGUCCUCUCCGCCCGAUUCAGAGGGGUCAGACUUUGAAGGUGGCGAUGGGGUUGGAAAGCCGCCGCGUCGCAUUGUCAGCGCAGAACUGCGCGCCGCAGUGGAAAAAUUCAAAGAGGUGGAUCAAUGGGAGAUGGAAUUUGAGGAUGUCUCUGGGUCAGAGGCUUAA